GGAUCAAGAGCCCCCUCACAGGUUAUGAAUCUCCCUUGAGAGUAGUUUUAUUCGGAAUCAAAAAUAUUCUCUGAUUUUUACUUUUUUGUGUGUGUAUUCCAGUUAGUACGGUCAACAGUGGUUAACAAGAAUCCCUACACAGAGGCAAGAGUGUCACAGACUGCCUGGCUUAAAAAUGGUUCCCAUCCUGCACUCCUCAAUGUUGCAAGGAGGAUUGCCUAUGUCACAGGUCUCUUUGUGUUUGAAGGACCUAUACAAGAGAGGGCGGGAGAAGAACUACAGGUAUUGAACUAUGGUAUAGGCGGGCACUAUGAUGAACAUAUGGACGUCUUCUACAAAGGACUGCAGGAAGGAAGUUGGAAUCAAUCUCUCGUGUAUGAAAAGGAAUUCCCAGCUGGUGAUCGCAUAGCAACCUGGAUUUUCUAUUUAACAGAUGUGAAAUCUGGAGGAAGGACUGCCUUUGUGAAUGCUGGCAUCUCAGUCCCAGCUGUGAAGGGUGCUGCAGCCUUCUGGUACAACCUCAAGAAGAAUGGCAAUGCUGACUUCAGGACUCAGCAUGGAGGCUGUCCUGUGCUGCUGGGCAACAAGUGGGUUGCAAAUAAAUGGAUUCGUGAGCACAAGAAUUUUCUUCGUCGGCCUUGCAGUACCAAUCCCGAGGAAUGAGAUAAAUACAUUAACCUUUAGACUGUCCAAACGUAUAUCUAUGUUUGCGCGCGUAGUGCUCUGCCCUUGAUUGUCUCCAUAAG